AUGGACUCGGCUCAAAACAUAUCAGAAUUAAAGUCAUCAUUUAUCCGCGGUCAAGUUCGCAUCCUCUCCGAGAGUCUCGAGCCACCCGAGGACUGGAAGAACUAUGCAGUGGAGACGGACGAGGGCGAUCUGCCUGAGAAGGAAAUGGCCUACUUGCGAGCCUCUUCUAUGGACAACUCUUUGGGCUUAGAGGCUAACCCAUUACUAGUCAACAUGGCAGCCAAACAACACAACCGCGUCGUCUACUCGUCGCAGGCAAUUCACCAUAUCGCUCAUCAGAUUGCCAGUCUCUAUUGGACUUCGGUCAAUGAAGAAAUACAAGACCGAGCUUCUUUUGCCAAUGGGGUGGAGAAAACAGCUGACUUGUCGCGACAUAUGAAUAUCACGAAAUUACCAUUGGAUAUCGAAUCACAGAGUGCGAGUGAUGAUUCAAAUAGCAGAUACCAACAGCUCCGAGAACAACUCGUUACGCUGGACGAGCAGCGUCAGCAACGUCAACGAAGACUCGACCAAUUACAGCACUUGCAGCGCCUGCUCGGACCUUUCAAGGAUCCCCAGAAGGACAUCCAGCCGAAUCUUGUCACUCGAGAUGGAGAGCUGGUCCAAGAAUUGGAAAAGAUGCGAAUGCUGGCCGCGCGGGUUGGUGGACGAAUCUCUCAGCAGAAGCAGGGCCAUCUCAGUACCCAGGAGAGCAAGGAAUAUUUACUACCAGGGUCUGGCCCAAGACUAGGGGCCCUACUCGAUACGGAGUCAUGA